ACUUAAUGAUACUGUCACCAAAUUUUUUGGUAUGUUUGUCUGUUUGAGAUACCACUAAGAAAGAGGCUGAGUAACUCAGCUACCACUCUGUUAUCACGUGUAAUCCUCCAGGCACGUGCAAAUGCUAACCGUCGUCGUAUCCUAAAACCUCCACAUCUGCUAGUUCGCCGCCUCGCCCUCAACAACACUACAUCAACAACCCCACCGCCGCAACUUCUAUCGGAGCAUCACAUCAUUCGCAUAGUUUCCAAUACGCUAUUCGAUUCUCUCCUGCUGUUUCCACUUAAAGAUCAAAUCUGCAUCUUAUCAAAUAUAAUCGUUAAACAGCGUUCGUUUGCGCGUUGUAGAAGAUGGAGAAGAUGCAUUACGCUGAGGAGUUAGUAAGAGAAUUUCUCGUGUUUCGAGGAUUCACCAACACUCUCGAAGCUUACGAAACUGAAUUGCGAACAGACGUUGGUAAAGGUUUUCACGUUGACAAAAUUCUUGACCUAAUCUUCUCCUUAUACGUUCCAAAGUUUCAGGUUGAUAAAUUGAUCGCGCUUCUCGGUUUCUUCAAACACUAUCUCUCUUCAGCUUCCGAAACAACACUCUUCUCCACUUUCUCUAAAUUGGAAGCAUCUAUUUUACGCUUCUACGUCGUUCACGCUUUGCAAGCCAAUCGGAGGGAUAAGGUUGUUGAGUUUUUCUCUGUUCAUGGUCCUGAUUUGUUGCAGAAUUCUCAGGAGGAUUGGACUCACUGGUUUGCAAUUCCUUAUGUCAAGAAUCCACAAUUGGAUCCCGAAUUUCGAAUAUUUUUCUCCAAGGACUGGUAUCAAGCAUUGCAUCUUUCUGUCAGAAACUUCUUUAGUGAGAUCUUCAAUGCUACUCGUCUACCUGCUCUAUUGAAGAUUAGUUCAGAGAUGAAUGCUACCUACCUACUCAAAAGAGAUAUUGCACAUCUAAAUAUUAAAUUAUCAGAACUUCAGGCUUCACUCAACGAGAAAGAAGCUCAAUUAAGGCAGUUUAGAAGUAUGGAAGGAAGUAUUAGUUCAUCAAGCAAUUUGCGUGAAGAAAGUACUCAUAUGUCAAAAGAUUCUUCAGAGGUUUUUCCACAAGUAGUGCAAACAGAGAUUGGCCAAGAUUUAGUUGUGGGUGAAUCUGGAAAUGUUCAGUCCGAGUUUCUCAGCUCCAAGUCUGGCGAUGAUUCAACUUCCUUAUUGAAUGACUAUCUGAGAAAUGGCAGAGCUGGCAACACCACUCGAAAAGAAAACGAUGGGGAAGUGUCUGCGGAAGAAGACUUUGCUGAGGUCAAAGUAGAGCACCAGGAGACAUUUUUGGGGCACACCAGUCCAAUCAGCAGGUGCCGCUUCUCUGCAUCUGGAAACAAUAUUGCUAGUGCUUCUCUAGAUGGAACUGCCAGAAUAUGGACAUAUGAUGCAUCAACUCCGGCAUCUAGAAAUGCGACCAUAUAUUGUGGCACAGAAAUUUUGUCACUUGACUGGGAAUGCAAAUCGGACCGCUUGCUUCUAAUGGGUACAUCUGAUGGGUGCAUUAAGGCAUGGAACGUGGACGCAAAGAGAGUUGUUUGUGACCUUAACACAACUGAAGCAUUUCCAAGUGUAUUGGACAUAAAGUGCAGUCCCGUUGAACCGAUUUUUGUGUCUGCAGCAGCAUCCGGAGGGUCUGGUGCCAACUAUUUUGACAAUCUAGGUUUUGCUUCACUGACUGUGUGGAACAUGAAGACAUGGAAAGCCAUGACAGUCCUUCCUCUUGGAGAAGAUCCACCGGCAAUUACUUCUUUAUGCUUCAAUCACAAUGGGAAAAUUUUAGCAGCUUCUGCCGUUGAUGGAAUGAUUCAUAUGUUUGAUAUGUCCGCUGGUCUACAAAUCACUGGCUGGCCUGCACAUGAUUCUUCCAUCAGUUCGAUUCUUUUUGGACCAGAUGAGACUAGCAUUUUUAGCCUGGGCUCUGAUGGGAAGAUUUUAGAGUGGAGCUUGCAAAGUCAAGGUCAAAUCUCGUGGUCAAGAGACUGUAGUAGGUUCUGUUACCCCCUCAGUGGUUCAAAAAGUUACAGACAUGAGAUGGCAUUAGAUGCAAAUGGGAGGAGACUCCUGGUAACAUCCAGUUUAGUUAGAGCACCCAUAUAUCAGGUUCAGGAUCAGUUGAAUGGUUGGAGAACACUUUCUCACAAUGCUCCGAUUACUGCUGUAGAUUGGCAUCCGACUUUGCCCAUUUUCUUGACUGGAUCAGCUGAUAACUCUGUCCGAGUAACAACUUUAUCAUCGUAGUUCCCCAUUGUUAUCUUGGAGUUUUUCAUUCUUUGAUGAGCAUUUAAAUAGGUUAUAUUGGAUUUAUAUGUUGUAACUUAUUAGUCUCUCCCUCAUUAAUGUAUAUGGCAACCAACGCUGUCUGUAUAUUUAUGUGUCUACCGACAGGUAGGAUGUGUAUAUACAUGCAAUUUGCUUGUAUGUAUUAUAUAACUCGUGCAGUAAUUUGAGUGAAAUGAAUGUUAUAACUUUUUCGAUUAGAAUGGAUAGGUGGCAAGUCGCAACAGAGAUUUGGUUGCAGCA